AUGUCACCCGUACCAGACAACAUCGAUCAGCUCCGGACUCGACAUGCUCAGGAGGUUGACUUCUACCACCCUUCCUCGGAUGAAUAUGGCACAGCCGAUCACACACCCGAACUCUGCUGGUGGUCGGACCCAGCGGACACGACAGAGCGCAUCGCGGUCUUCGCGAUAGUGACGGGCGUUCUUGUUUCAGACAUGAUGUGGAAGGGAGGCCACGACUUCUCUAUCUGA